AUGUUGUCCAGGGUCUUGAAUAGGAGUUUACUCCGCUUCGAGACAUCAUCCUGGAGCAAUUUGAGCAACUGCUCCAGCAAUUCUGGAGCAGUUCUUCCUCAGGAACACCAGCUCCUCACCCUGCCAGUCAAGUAUGGUGGCUUGGCUUUGGCCGAUCCUGUCAACUCCAUCCAAUCUGGUAACCCCGUAAACGUAACUGAUCACAGCGCUCACUGUCGCCGCAUCACAAGCCAAAUCAGCAGGGAACGAGAUGUGAUUUCCGCUGAAAUCAGCCAAUCAAUUCUCAGUGACCUGCCACAGCUUGAGGAGCGCACCCUCUCCCGCAUCGUACGGGGAAAUGCCUCCGGAUGGCUUAUGGUAUUGCCCCUGAAGCGCGAGGGGUAUGAUCUAUCGAGUACAGAAUUCCGCGAUCAACUUGCCAUCCACUAUGCAUCAUUGGUAGCUGGUAAACACCACUGGUAUUACAGCCCUCAUAAUACAACAAUUGAUCGGGCUAGUAUGGCGUGUGAGGACAUGGGCACAAGGCUGAUGAUGUUGGACGAAGUGCUUGAAAUCAGGAAUUCCAUUCCCGAAAUCAAGUUUUUGAACAUUGCAGGCAGUUUCGUCUGGGCGCUCAACCCAGUCACAAGCGCUCCACUAGCUGUCAGGAUGAUGACAGAAGAACAGACCACUAGCAUGCUGAUUGCUUCAAUCCUGUGCAAGUCAUCACCCAAGCUUGAAGAGAAGGGAAGUUGCUGGACAAAUGACAAGUUUAACCUUUUCCCCACAAAUUUAACAACUUACUAUCAGGCUGUAGCUAGCUGCGAUUACCCACAGCAGGAUAACUCAAUCAUACCGUUCCCAUUCCUGCACUACUGCCUGGAUUCGCUGACACGCUGGACAACGACUUACCACUCAUACUGGAUGCUUAAACAAAACGUUCUCGGUUCAGCUCGUAGCAGUGAUUUGCAUCAGCGUGAUGUUAGCCAUAGUCUACUCAAGAUUUGCUGGAUAAAGCGCCCCUCGCCCCACCUGACACUUACCGUGAACCAUGAAUGUCAGAACUAUGAGCUUUACUACAUUAUAAACGCAACCGUCAGCCACUACUCCGAGGCGGUAGCUCAAUGUGGAAAAGGAAAAAUGAAACUUCCGCUGAUAGAGACGAAGGAGUGUCUUUCGCUGUUUGUCAAGAAACUUGGCAUACUUCCUGCUUGGAUCUUUGGCAUUGCAGAUGGUCUGGCAAAGACCAGUAGUGAUUCCCUUCCAGUGCCAACUUCCCAUCUAAAGUCCGUCAUCUGCGCUAAAGAGCGCACUUGGAAUGAUGUGAAGCACGAAUGUGGUAAUUCUUACGACCUUUUCUACAUUGAGCAGGGCUUCAGACACCACUCGUAUGAUGGUGCGGAGAAAGCGUGUAGAGACAGGAACAUGGCCCUUCCAGAGAUUGGCAUGCAAGAUUGUCUAUUCCGGUUCUUAAGCAAACUGGCCGGACCCCCGGCUUGGAUCAACGGCAAACAGGGUACUAUAGCCGGAAGAAUGACAGCAUCUGGUGUAGAGGGAGUGCUGAUUCCUAUCUAUCCCGUGCCAGCUGCGUCAAUCAUCUGUGCAAAACAACGCCCACGGGUACACACAUGUGCCAGGUACGACCUUUACCGCUUUAGUCAAGAAGCUACUCACUUGGCACAGGGUGCCAAGGCCCGAUGCGGAAAUAGACAGAUGGCCCUUCCAGAAUCAAGGACAGACCAAUGUCUCUUGUCAUUUCUGCGGAUACUGGGCAUAAGGAAUGUAAAUAAUGUUUGGAUACGUGGAGAUCGAGACGCAUAUUACAGCAAUCCUGUGGACGUGAUCUGUGUAAAACAUUUAUUCUGCGAUGUACCUACUAUUGCUAAUGCAAAAGCCGACAAGACAUCCGUCAAACUUACACACAAUGUAACGUAUUCGUGCAAUGAUGACCUCCCGCUCGUGGGCAAUCCGAGUCCAAGAUGCCAAGGAUAUGGAACACUCACUUCAGUACCUGUCUGCGACACCAGUGAGUACAGAUGUGUGUAUGUACCAUGA